AGGCGGUAUUUAUUAGGAGCAGUCUCCCCCUAUCGUCGCAGCUGUACGGUCCGGAGGAGCGACUAUUUGGUCCAGUCUGCUGGGAGGAGACCCGGAGGAGACACUAGCGACAGCACCUCGACGCCUCCUCUUUUCCUAAGGGGGAGGAAACAUUUUUUAAUUAAUUAUAUAUUUAUUAUUAUUUUCACUACUAUCAUAAUUUGUGCCGUGUCUCCUUUCGCUUUGCGCGAAUGUCCAGGCGGAGCGAGCACAAGGGAAAAGAAAAAUAAGCCGUCUUCUUCUUCCCUCCUUCCCCUUCUUCCCCAGCAAGAGAGUCGUCGUCUCGGGCUUUUCUUCGCACGAGUAUCCGGAUCUGAGGGGAAGCAGAGCAGAAAACUGCCCUCCCUAAUUGGAGACAGAAUCCCAACCACAGCUCCAGCCACACAGACUGUCGUUGUCGUCCAUCAUGCAGUCGCCGGUUCUUCUCCUUCUCCCCUCGCUCUUCCUCCUGUUUCUCGUCCUCCCCUCCUGCUUCUCCCAGAGCGAUGCAGACCUUGUUGUUCAGACGCGCAGCGGUCAGGUUCGCGGCUUUCGUUUACCGGUGCCGGACCGCAGCUACGUCACCGCUUUCCUGGGCAUCCCUUUUGGUGAGCCGCCGGUUGGGAAGCGGCGUUUCCGUCCUGCACAGCCCAAGCGUCCGUGGACGGGGGUGUAUGAGGCCAAGGCCUACCCUAACGCCUGCUACCAGUUCGUGGAUAUGUCAUACCCCGGCUUCCCAGGCACUGAGAUGUGGAACCCUAACAAAGAGAUGAGUGAGGACUGCCUGUACCUCAAUAUCUGGGUGCCCGCUUCAAUGAGACCACACAACCUCACAGUCAUGGUGUGGAUCUACGGCGGAGGGUUCUACAGUGGCUCUUCUUCUUUGGAUGUGUACGACGGCCGUUACCUAGCUCACAGUGAGACAGUCAUUGUGGUCUCCAUGAAUUACCGGAUCGGUGCCUUUGGUUUCCUUGCUCUGCACGGCUCCAACGAGGCUCCCGGCAACGUGGGCCUGCUGGACCAGAGGAUGGCGCUGCAGUGGGUGCAAGACAACAUCCAUUUCUUUGGCGGAAACCCCAAACAGGUGACUAUCUUCGGCGAGAGUGCUGGUGGUGCUUCUGUAGGAUUCCACCUGUUGUCUCCAGACAGCCGGCCAACCUUCACCAGGGCCAUACUGCAGAGUGGGGUCCCCAACUGUCCUUGGGCCUCGGUUAGCCCCGCUGAGGCCCGUAGACGUGCCACUCUGCUGGGCAAGCUGGUUGGCUGCAACGGAGGCAACGACACCGAGCUGGUGGACUGUCUGCGUGGUAAAAGUCCAAAGGAGCUCAUUGACCAGGAAUGGCAGGUUCUGCCAUGGUCGGCCCUUUUCCGGUUUUCAUUCGUGCCUGUUGUGGAUGGUGAGGUUCUGCCCGACACGCCCGAGGCCAUGCUCAACUCAGGCAACUUCAAAGACACUCAGAUCCUCCUUGGAGUCAACCAGGACGAGGGCUCCUACUUCCUGCUCUAUGGAGCGCCAGGCUUCAGCAAGGACAACGAGAGUCUCAUCUCCAGGGACGACUUCCUGGAAGGUGUUAAGCUGAGCGUACCGCACGCCAAUGAUAUUGGCCUGGAGGCAGUGGUGUUGCAGUAUACCGACUGGAUGGAUGAGAACAACGGGAUGAAAAACCGUGACGCCAUGGACGACAUUGUGGGCGACCACAACGUCAUCUGCCCUCUGGCCCACUUCGCUCGUGCCUACGCUCAACACAAUGCCCACAAGGCUAACGUGGGAGGACCUGGCUUUGGGGUGAUCAACAGUGGAGGAAACAUGCAAGGGGGGAUCUACCUCUACCUUUUCGACCACCGGGCAUCCAACCUGGCCUGGCCUGAGUGGAUGGGUGUGAUCCACGGCUACGAGAUAGAGUUCGUCUUCGGCCUUCCUCUGAAAAGGGAUCUCAACUACACCCAAGAAGAAGAGAAACUGAGCCGACGCAUGAUGAAGUACUGGGCUAACUUUGCAAGGACUGGAAAUCCCAAUGAAGGGCUGGGGGAUAGGGGGAAACGCUGGCCCCAGUUCACUCUCAGCGAGCAGAAGCACGUAGGACUCAACACUGAACCGCUGAAGAUCCACAAAGGCCUGAGGAACCAGAUGUGUGCUUUCUGGAAUCGCUUCCUGCCACGUCUCCUCAACAUCACCGACAACAUAGACGAGGCGGAGCGCCAGUGGAAGGUGGAGUUCCACCGCUGGUCUUCCUACAUGAUGCACUGGAAGAGUCAGUUCGACCACUACAGCAAGCAGGAGCGCUGCACCGACAUGUGAGAAGGAAACGAAAACGAAACGAAAAGAAAGGAAACGACGAGGCCCUUUUCCUCCCUAGUCCCUCUGUGAACUUCCUUCAUAUGUUUUUCUGUGAAACAACAACAACAACACGCUCCAACAGGCUCCUCUUUGUCUUUGUUAUUUAUACUAUUUAUUUAUUUUAUUUCUGGGUUUGUCUGUAGAAAGUGACGGACUAUGGAGGAAACUUGGAGAACCUGUAAGCGAGUGUCAUUACCUCUGAAAUGUGUGUGUGUGCAUACGAGUGGAGCUUCCCCCGGGUUUCAGACCUGGACACCGUGCCGCUGCUCAUGUACCGUGAAAAUCAAACCACUCGUCUCCGUGCUCAUCGUGUGUGUAUUUAUGUUUUUGUUAAAGCCUUUUAGCCCCACCCUAGUUUUUGCUUGUUUUUUUUUGUUUUUUUGUUUUAUGACCACUACUGCCUUUAUUUCUAUUUUAUUUCUUUUCUACGACUCAUAAAAACCUCUGUAUCAUAGCUCCGGUUUUGCUAACUUUCAGCUCGACGUUACGACGCUAUUUCUUUUAAACAUGCUCCCAUCUUCAGCUCCUCGCCUCCAUUUUCUAUACCCCCACCCUUUCCUCCUACCCUUUACUCUUCCUCUCCAAUCAUCCUCCUCUUCCUCCUCGGACGUCUUUUCUUUCCUUUUUACCGCCCCUCCUUCACGUGUAUCCUCCUCAUCUUCUUUCCUCAUCUCACUCUCAGUUGCAUCACUCCUCCUCCUCCUCCUCCCAUGUUCUCUGCAUCCCCCUUCCCUCCCCUCCACUCCCUCCGUCCUCUGCCUUUCUUGUUAGUCUAAUGGAGGCAAAGUAAUUGACUCAGUGGCCGGGUAAUGUGACAGAACGCUGGCUCAGCCUCUGGCUCACGGGUGGUUGAAAAAUGGAGGCGAGGAGGAGGAGGAGGAGGAGGAGGAGGAGGAGGUGGAGGAGGAGAUGGAUGCUCACUUAUAUAACUGCAGGAACUGUACUCACACUGGAACAGAAUCAGGCGCAUCCAUGGCUGAACCAGACGUUAGAGGAGGGCCCCAUCAGUAUUAGUCGACAAACCCAGAUGGAAUUUACAUCUGUCGCGACAGUUUGAUUGUGAAAGAAAAUCCCAGAGCUUCAGAUUUGGACUAACGGGACGAACUCGUAGCCUCAGCGGCCUCUCGGUGUGCUGACGUUUAGAUUUGCAGAACUUUAACCUCCUGAGAGCCCAAGCAUUUGUUAAUUUGGGAUUAGUAGGACCUAAGAAGUAUUAAAAAAUAAAAUAAAUAUCAUGGGUUUUUUAAAUUAAUUAUGUGAACACAGAGAUUAUUUCACUGUAUAUUCCAAUUUAAGUCACCAAUGUGCAAAACCAAACUAUAAAACUGUUUAUUUUAAUGCAAAAGAAGAAUCGGAAACUAGGAAAUCCCAACGUCCUCAAACGACUAUGUGGGAAUUUGUUAAGUUUUCAUGUCUAUCAAAUUAGAAAAGUUAAUUAGCAUAAAUAAACAAGUGUAUUGACCCUUUGCUACCAGUACAUGAAAGACAAAAGUGUCUCCUUAUGAGGACAACCGACCUAAAUAAGGCCGAAUAAGCUGCAACAAACCUGAAACGUAACGUCCCCAUAUGAGGACGAUGGGUCUUGGGAGGUUAAAAAACAAACAAACAAAAAAACUCAUUACCUCAUUUUGGUCUGGUUUGGACUAUUUAUUUAUUCUUUCAUUUAUUUAUUUUCUCUAUUUGUCUGACACAACCCUUUACGAAGAAUUCACCUGUGUGUUUUAUUGUGCGACCUCCGCGUAGCAUACACUGAAGAAUUUAUGGAUAAUGCAUGUACACUCAUCUAGUUCAGUGCAUUCUAUGUGUAAAAAUACACACACACAUACACACACAUAUAUAUACAUGCACAUAUACGUACAUAUAUAUAAUAUAUAUAUAAUAUAUAUAUAUAUAAUCCUGCAGAAUUUGAGGGGCCUCUUUUGUGGACAUUACCACUUCACCUUAUGUGUGUAGUUGUGCAUCUUUUGUCUGUGUCUGCUGCCAUUUAAUAUCACUAUAUAUGUGUGUGUUUUUUUGUUGUUUUUUUUUUUUUUUUUAAUUUUUUUUUAUUUGAGUGUACUGAAAGGGACCUGGAGAAAACCGGCUCACGUCAAAAGAAAUCCGUUCGCAUGUCAAGUUUCUAUUUAUGGCUCAGAGUUGUGUAGUCUAGCUUCAAAGACGACUAAAAAUAAAAUUAUAUAUAUAUAAAACAAAACAAACAAACAAAAAAAAAAAACAGGAAGUGUACCUCAUGUCUAAAAGGUGAAAGGCUCCUAUAGGAGACCCUGCUUAACCCCCCAAGGGCCCAGCCUUCCUAAUCCAACCCCUCACGCAUGCCCCCCCUCCCAUACCCUCCCAUCUCUACUCAACUCUACUGGACUGUUAUUUUCAGUAAAAAAAUUUGUACUUUACAGCAAAACUACUAUGAAAGUCAUUUAUGUAUCUCUAAUGUUAGGUAUGUUUGAUGUUAGCAAUAACUUAAAUCAGCAAAGAUAUGAAUAUAUUUGAUAUUUAAAUGAAAAUAUAAUGUGAUAAAACGGCAACAGUGAUGAAUAGGGGAUUUGUUUUAAAAGCAAUAUUGAGUAAAUAUAUAUAUCUAUAUACCUAUAGAUACAUAUAUAUAAUAUAAUAUAUAUAAAUAUAUAUAUAAUUAGGUUUUUUUUUUGUUUGCUUUUAUUUAUUUAUUUUUGCGUGUGUGUGUUUAUUUGACUUGGUUUAAGUCCUCUGCCUCAGUGUUGUUUGUUCCAGUCACUGGUGUUGUAUACGUGCUGAAGGCUUCUAGCUUCCCAGUAUGUCUGUAUAUGUUGAAUGCUGACUCGGUUAAGCUACAGCAACACAAAUAAAGAAAUCCCGCUGCUUCUGUCCAGUCA